ACACUAUAUCCCUUCCAGAACACAUCAUGCUCCGUGCAGUACUUCUGCUACUGUGUCUGCUCUGCCCAUAUGUGGCACAAAAGUCUGAGCCACUCAGUCGCCCAGGUUCUGAGCCCUUGUUCCGGGGUGCAAAUCGUUAUGACUUUGCCAUCUUGGUAAGUCCUGCAGGCAGUGAGUGCUUCUGGCACUUUGCACAUCAGAAUGGAUUUUUCUAUUUUGGUUAUGAGGUUCAAUGGACAUCUGGGAUAAUGCCGGACAGAUAUAUUACCGCAACUGCCCACACGCCUGAUGGAUUUCUGAUUGAGACCUCCCAGGAAAAUGUCCGUGGUCAAAUCAACUUCCAGACAAAGGAGACAGGAUUUUACCAACUUUGUGUAAAUAACUGGAAAAAUCAUUUUGGCUCUGUACAAGUUUACCUUAAUUUUGGUGUAUAUUAUGAUGGGGAAGGAUCAGAGCACAUCCAGGACCACAAACAGAUUUUGAAUGACACAGUGGCAGCUAUUGAGGAAAGUGCCAGGGUUGUGCAGGGACGAGUGCUACACAUGUGGAGAUACUACAACUUUGCCCGGAUGAGGAAAGGUGCUGAUUAUUACAUUCUUAUCUCUAACUAUAAUUAUGUGAACUGGUGGUCUGCUAUCCAGAGUGUGCUCAUUGUGGCCUCAGGUGUCCUGCAGCUCUACUUCCUGAAACGUCUCUUCAAUGUAAAGAGAACCACAGAGACACAGAAGCCAAGAUGCUGAGACUCUCACUUAACAUAACAAAAUGUAAUCGGUGAACUCUGCACAUUACUGCCAUUUAUUUACUUUUUUUAAACUGGUUACUUAUUGUGGAAGAAGUGUCCAAAAACUCAGAAUUCGUAGCAUUUUAACAUGAAAGCCAACUGCUCUUUACUGAA